AUGAUGAAAAACAGAUUUGAACCAAUAACAUGUCCCGUCUGCUCAAAAAACGUUUAUUUUGCAGAAGAAGUAAGGGCUAUGGGUCGUGCAUUUCAUAAACAAUGUUUCAAAUGCUGUCAAUGUUCUAAAGCUCUAGACAGUUUUACUGCAAAUGAUCAUAAGGGUUCUCUGUAUUGCAAAAGUUGCUAUGCGAAGAACUACGGACCAAAUGUUUACGGUUUUUCAACGAAUGGCACACUAAUGAGAAGUACUUAUGAUCUUCGAGAUUGUACUAAAAUGAAUGGUUAUUCCUAUUCGCAUAGUCCAAUGAUAAAUCAAUCACAAGAUCGUUUAACUAAUUUAGAACAUAGUGGAAAUUAUAUUCCACGUCCUUUUCGUACAAGAUGGUCUAGUGGAAAUUGUAAUUCAACACGUUGUGCAAAUUGUUCAGAUAUUGUUUAUGCUAAUGAAAGAAUAGAUAUAGUUGGUAAAGUAUUUCAUCGUUUAUGUUUUAAAUGUAAUGAUUGUCAACGUCUUCUUGAUCGUGGUACUGCAUGUGAUCAUAAUCGUGAAGUAUUUUGUCAUAAUUGUUAUAUUAAAAAUUUUGGUUCUAAAGGAUUAAAAGCUGGUACAAAUCUACGUUGUGCUUAA